GGUGGUCUCAGUAGUUUCCUCUAACACGUAAUGCCGGCGAUGCUUCGCUCAGCUGCUACGUCCCCUCUUUGCAGGGCUGGCGUAACAUGAGCUGGGAUUCAGAACUGGAAGCCUUUGCCAAAUACUAUGCAACAAAAUGCAUUUGGGAACACCACAAGGAGCGGGGCCAGCAAGGUGAGAACUUCUUUGCCAUGUCUGGCAAUCUGGAUGUGAAGACAGCAGUGGAAAACUGGUACAGUGAGUACCAGUAUUACAAUAUGACCACAUCAACCUGUGAAGAGGGGCAGUUGUGUGGUCACUAUACACAGGUGGUCUGGGCAAACAGUGAGCAUGUUGGCUGCGGGACGGUGUUCUGUGAAACCCUGGAAAUUCUGAAUGACACUGACUUGCAUUUGGUCGUCUGCAACUAUGAGCCCCCGCAUUUUGUCCUGGGAUUCCCAGAAGAUGAGCGGCAUAUUGCUCACUGGCUUCUUGGGUUGCAGCUGUGGCUGGGCAGAGGCUGUACACUUGCCCCACUCCACCGGGAUCAAAAGCAGAAAUGUCUCCUGAUGAAGAUCCAGUUCCAUAAAUGUAACACGUUUCAGAAAGGCAGCAUGGCACCUCUUGGGCUGCACAUUAAUCACCAAGCCACAGUGAAAGUUUAUACAAACCACGAGGGCCUGUCUUUAUUCUAUAAUAAAUUGUGCAACUUCUGCUACUGUUUUGGCCAUAGUAAAGCAAGGCUGUAAUGGCAAUUGUAUCCAGAGAUGAAAUUCCUGACAUACCAUAGCCCUUGCUCUUGAUUAUCUUAAAGCACCUUGAACAUCUUAGCACUGAUAAAUUGUGCUCCUUGAUUUCCCUAAUUCAAUGAUA